GGCCCGCCAUGUCCCGCCCGCCCGCCGAGCCCGGCGCCGCCAUCGAGCGGCUCUGCCAGGAGCUCAACCUGGACGCGGCCAGCGCCGCCGAGGCGCUGCGGGACUUCACGGCGCUGCGGGGCACCUACAGCCUGGAGGGCGAGGCGCUGCACUGGCUGGCCUGCGCGCUCUACGUCGCCUGCCGCAAGAGCCUGGUGCCCACCGUGGGGAGCGGCCUGAUGGAGGGGAACGGCGUCUCGCUGACCAGGAUCCUGCGCUCCGCCAGGCUCAGCCUAAUUCAGUUUUUUAGCAAAAUGAAGAAGUGGAUGGACAUGUCCAAUCUGCCCCAGGAAUUCCGAGAGCGAGUGGAGAGGCUGGAGAGAAACUUUGAAGUGUCAACUGUGAUUUUCAAAAAGUUUGAACCAAUAUUCUUGGAUAUAUUUCAAAACCCAUAUGAAGAAACUUCUAAACCACAGCGAAGCAGGAAGCAGAGGCGGAUGCCGUGUGGUGUCAGAGAUCUCUUCAACUUCUGCUGGACUCUCUUUGUGUACACGAAGGGUAAUUUCCGUAUGAUUGGAGAUGAUUUAGUAAAUUCCUAUCAUUUGCUUCUCUGCUGCUUGGACCUGAUUUUUGCCAAUGCCCUUUUGUGUCCAAAUAGAAGAGAUUUGCUAAAUCCAUCGUUUAAAGGCUUACCAGCAGACUGCCACACCACAGAGAUCAAAGCCUCUGAAGAUCCUCCUUGCAUCAUUGCCACACUAUGUGAGCUGCAUGAUGGGCUUUUAGUAGAAGCAAAAGGAAUAAAGGAACACUACUUUAAACCAUACAUUUCAAAAUUAUUUGAUAGGAAGAUCUUAAAAGGAGAAUGUCUGUUGGAUCUUAGCAAUUUUACAGAAAAUAAUAAAGCACUGAACAGAGAGUAUGAAGAGUAUGUUCUGACAGUGGGUGACUUUGACGAGAGGGUUUUCCUGGGAGCUGACGCUGAAGAAGAGAUCGGAACUCCUCGGAAGUUUCCUGCAGAUGUGCCAGUGGGGAAAACAGCAGCCAGAGCUCAUGUGGAGUGCCACCUUCAGCAGCAUUUUGAAAAGAAAAGGUCAUUUGCACCUUCAACUCCUCUGACUGGAAGAAGGUACCUACGAGAAAAGGAAGCUGUCAUCACUCCUGUUGCUUCAGCAACACAAAGUGUGAGCAGGUUGCAGAGUAUUGUGGCUGGAUUGAAAAAUGCACCCAGUGAACAACUUAUAGCUAUUUUUCAGUCCUGUGCACGCAGCCCCAUGGAGAGCAUCUUGAACAGGGUGAAGGAGAUCGGGGAGACCUUCUGCCGCAGCUACACGCAGGCAACAGAUGAGCAGCCAGGAUCCCAUAUAGAUUUUGCAGUAAACAGAUUAAAAUUGGCAGAGAUAUUGUACUACAAAAUCUUGGAGACUAUAAUGGUGCAAGAAACACGAAGACUACAUGGGAAGGAUCUGACUGCUGUCUUGGAGCAGGACGUGUUUCACCGCUCCCUCCUGGCGUGCUGCUUGGAGAUCGUGCUCUUUGCAUACAGCUCACCUCGGACCUUCCCCUGGAUCAUUGAGGUGCUUGACCUCAGGCCAUUCUAUUUCUACAAGGUGAUUGAAGUGCUGAUUCGGUCUGAGGAGGGACUUUCCAGAGACAUGGUGAAGCACCUCAACAGCAUUGAGGAACAGAUUCUGGAGAGUCUUGCCUGGACUCGGGACUCAGCUCUCUGGGUUGCUCUGCAGGCCUCUGAAAGCAAGGUCCCAACCUGUGAAGAAGUGAUAUUUCCCAGUAAUUUUGAAGCAAGCAAUGGAGGAGGUGGGCUUGGGCAUCUGCCCAUGAUGCCAGUGUCUCCUAUCAUUCAUCCUCGAGUGAAGGAGGUUCGGACAGACCUUGGUGGCAGUUUGAGACGGGACAUGCAGCCCUUGUCACCGAUCUCCGUUCACGAGCGCUACAGUUCUCCUGCAGCUGGCAGUGCCAAGAGGAGGCUCUUUGGAGAUGACAGCCCCAAGGAGCUGCAAAUGGAAAAAAUCUUAACUGAAGGAACCAAGUUGACAAUUGCUCCAGCAUCAAGCAUUGCUGCUGAAAAUGUGUCCUUUUCUUCUGGCCAAACUGUACUGACCAUGUCAACAGCGGCGGUGCCAGGAAGAACAGGACAGAAGGUUACUAUCCCACUGCACGGUAUUUCAAGUGACAUGGGAGGGAUCACCUUGAUACCCAUCUCCAUGAGUCUGGGCCAGCCCUGCAAAGGGGAGGCUCAGGCUCCCACCACAGCCCCCCUGAGCCAGGCCCAGGAGGUGCAGCCACCACCAGCCAGCAAACCCAAGCGAACGGGAUCCUUGGCACUGUUCUACAGGAAGGUUUACCACCUGGCCAGCGUGCGCUUGCGUGACCUGUGCCUGAAGCUGGACGUCUCCACCGACCUGCGCAGGAAGAUCUGGACCUGCUUUGAAUUCACAUUGGUUCAUUGUGCUGAUCUCAUGAAGGACAGACACCUGGACCAGCUCCUCCUUUGUGCUUUCUACAUCAUGGCAAAGGUAACCAAAGAGGAAAGAUCUUUUCAGGACAUCAUGAAAAGUUACAGAAAUCAGCCACAAGCAAACAGCCAUGUUUAUAGGAGUGUCCUGUUGAGAAAUGGUUCUGCCAACAUCCCCUUGGACAAAAAUGCCAAUGAAGACGUGGAGAUGACAGAAGACUCCUCUGUGAAAACUGGCAGCUCCCCAGGACGACCCACAGAGCACUCCAGCGAGUUGGGAUCAGAGGAGAGAGGAGAUCUCAUUAAAUUUUACAACGCAGUCUAUGUAGGAAGAGUAAAAUCAUUUGCACUGAAGUAUGAUAUCACAAACCAGGAUUAUGUAAUGGAAGCACCUCCCUUGUCCCCGUUCCCCAGCAUCAGGCAGCAGCCGCUCUCCCCCCGGCGCGUCUCGCAGCAGCACUCGCUCUACGUCUCCCCUCACAAGAACGGGGCCUGCCUGACCCCUCGGACUGCCCUGCUCUACAAAUUCAGUGGGAGCCCUUCCAAGAGUUUGAAAGACAUCAACAAUAUGAUAAAACAAGGUGAACACAGGAGUAAGAAACGAGCAAUAACAAUUGACAGUGACACUGAAUCCCCUACAAAGAGACUCUGCCAGGAAAAUGAUGAUGUUCUGCUCAAACGUCUCCAGGAUGUUGUCAGUGAAAGAGCAAAUCAUUGAAGCUGCUGCUUUUCUGUGGGACCUGAGAGCUGGGGAGCUGGGUGCAGCUGUUGUGCUGUUGAUUUCUGGUUCUUGUACACAGACAACUGCCAAGUUUCUUCAAGAUGGAACUCGUACCUGACUUCUACAGGAUGCAAAAAGCAGGAGUUAAGUAGUAAGUGCCAGAGGAUGGGAGGUGAUGGUGAUCUCCAUUUCCAAAGCUCAUUGUGCUGUAAGUUACUCUACUGGAGCUCUUUCAGCAAAGGAGUGUUCUGUAGAAAGCAAUGUUGGAUGUUCUCAAGCCUUAUUGAGAGCAUCAUGAGUUCUGAGUGUAACUCAGCUUCUAGUAAUACUGGUUUUAUUGUUGGAAUAACAUUGAUAAGGAAAUUGUUGAAGUCAGUUAAGUUUCCUCAAGCUUUUUGUAUUUGGGGAAGAAGCUUUAAAAGUGCCUUAUUUUUAAAGAAUUUAUGCAUUGUUUUACUGUGGAAGUAACUGGAGUGGAGAACAAAUUGAUCAUUGAGCCUCAGGAGGAGCUGAGCAGUCUUGAACUGUAUGAUUUGUGCCAUGUUCCAUCUCCUGUCAGAACUUCAGCAGAAGUGGAUGGUAUGAUGUGGAUCAGGCAACUUUUGCAAUAACAAAGCAAUAAUCAACAAGUACAAAUAGAGGUGGACACUGGCUGGACACUGACUCCUGAGUGAGUCUGAGUUACCUUUCCCUGGAGCCAGUGAAUGCUUCUGUGGAGCUGCUCCCUCCCUAUUGGAAGCCUGAGAGCAGCCCUGCUGGAGAAGCUGCUCAUAUGUGCUGAAGCUGUGAUGAAGUGGUGUGUGAAGUACCAGUUGGGUGCAGCUGAGGAACAGCUGAGCUUUGGCCAUCUUACAGCUGCUCAGCUGCACAAAUUCAUUUAACAAAUUGUUAUCUCUUCAUUUCAUUUUUUCCUGAAGAUCUUAGCCUCUUGUGUAGCAUCUACACUGAAUGUAAGCCCAUCAGAUAAGGCAUGUUUGUAUAUAUGUUUGGGGGUUUUUUAUAGCUAUUAAAGGUCUGGAUUCAUUGGAAAGGUUUAAAUUCCAGCAACCAAUUCUUGGAACUAAGUUUUUUUUUACACUGAGGGAUUUGAUAUGGUUAUUUUGCCAAAAUAGAGAAAGUCAAGGUUAAUUCAUUACUGUAAAUCAGUAGCUUGAUCUUAUUUCAUAAUUGCAUUUAAGAUUAGAGCCAUAGGGAAACUUCUCAGCACUGUUUUUUUUCAGGUUUUGUGUAUAUGGAACUGAAAAGCAAAACAAAAGGAAUGAUGACAUAGGACUUGUUUUUGGAGCUCUGUUCCCUUCAUUGGUUGGUGUGUUCAGAAUGUGCUGCAGGAUCUGCUGGGCCUCAGCUCCAGGGAAGGGCAGGAAUAUGCUCUCAAUCAGGCUCAGCUGAUGAGCCUGGCCAGCAAUGAUGGAGCAGGAAUGUAUUUAACAAUGUAGGUUAAAUUGGUGGACCCUACUCAGCAGUGAGUAGAAAGUUUACAAGCUCUGUAAUUUGGUUUUGAAUUAUUAAUCACUUUUUUUUAAAUUAUUUUUUUAACUUUCUAAAUAAAGGUGCUUGUUUCUGAAAGGUUUGACUGUAGAGAGCUGGGGAUGAGGAGAUGGCUGUGCCAGGCACUGGAUUUCAUGUAGGUUAUUCUGUUCAUUUCAUUUUCUUCAAUUUUUAAUAUUUGUCUUCAGAUCUUGAGCUAAAAAGUACAAGAGAAAGAACUUCAUGCCUUGAUCUACUCAUCAGUGCUGUGGCAGCCCUCACUCUGCAGUGUUUGUGCUCCAGGCUCUAAAUGGCUCUGGUGCUUGAGGGGGGGAAAUGGGGAAUCUUGAUUUCCCUUUGGGCAGGGGGGGAUUUGCAACCUUCCUGGGUGGGAAACAGGAUCAGGCUUAACAGUGUCAGGCUCAGCAAUACUGUGUGAGGAAGGUUUGGUUGGUUUGGUUUGAAUUCAGCAGCAUCUGCAGAGCUCCCCUGGCUGCUCAGCAGUGACAGUGUUCUCCAAAACUAGAAACCUGGUCCUGAAAUCCUUAGUAGUUGUCAUUCCCUGUAGGACUUUUUCAUCAGAACAAUGAAUGUGUUACAACUGGCUGGAGUUCAGGUUUUUCCACCUUUUUAGGUGAUGAUAGGAAAAAUAUUUGUGGACUCUUUGGUCAGCUGAAGCAACAGCUUCUAUGACAUUCUGUUACGGUUUCAAAGUGCCUUCAUAUGUAAAUAUGUAUUUUAUAAUAAACAAUUUAAAAGUGGUUUAACCCA